GCGGAGGGGAAUGAAAGUGUACCACCUGAGAGAUCUGUGAUGUCGUCGUUGGUUGGCUACGAUGACUCAGACUCUGAGGAGGAAGCUGAAGCAGCGUGGACUUCUGGACGGGCAGCAGACGCCGCAAAAAAGGGAAGCCUCGGUUUCCCCUCUUCCCCUUGCCGAUCGACUGUGAGUCUGCAGAGCCAAGCCCGGCCCGGCAGGAGCGUUAAUCACGCCGUUUCAAGCGCCGACCCUGGGGCGGAGGGCGAAGCGAGGCCGUGGGCGGGGAGAAGCGGCUGGGGGCCCGGCCCCCUGUGGCCCCGAGAGUCAGUCGAGGCCGUGCCCUGCCCUCUUCAGCCAUCCGAGGCCUUCUCGUGGCCUAGCCCCGCCUGGGGGCAAGCCCACAGUGGCGGAAGGGGAUACUGUGGUGGCUGGGCUCCACCAGCCCCUCGCCCCGCCACUGCUUUCCCCAAGCCAGCCCUGGCAGCUACGAAUGGCAGCCCCUUUCUAAAAAGAACCUGGGAAGACCCCGCUUUGGCUCCGGAAGGCCUUAAGCCAUAUAUUCCCAAGAGACUAAGACAAGGGUGCUCUCCCAAAGCCGAGAGUCACGUGGGGAGAGAAUCUGAGGGACCAGAACAAGCCCUUGCUGGGCCGGGCGCCAGGGAAGGCGCACGAGAAUUCACCAGAGUGUCGGAGUUCAUCCGGCCUUAUUUAGGGGCCAAGUCCGGACGCACAGAGAUCCCAAAGCGGCGGCUGUUUUUGAUGUCCGAGCAUCGAAGUCCGGUCAACGGCAUCCAGUGGUGUCCGGUUCUGCAGCACAGUCACCUCCUUCUCUCGGUUUCCAUGGAUUCGACUUUCAAGGUUUGGGAUGCCAUAGACACAGGCCACUGUUUGCAAACCUACACCUGCCACAGUGGGGCUGUCCGAGCCGGUCAGUGGACCUUCUGCGGAAGGAAGAUCCUCAGUGGAGGCUUCGAUUCCAUGCUGUACUUAACCGACGUUGAAACGGGCACUCAGUUAUUCAGCAGCAAAAAUGAAUUCCAAGUCGGCACCCUGAAAUUCCAUCCCAAUGAACCCAACAUUUUCCUGUGCGGAGGCUUCAGUCCAGAAGUUAAAGCGUGGGACAUGAGGAAUUGCAAGGUGGUCAGAGUCUACAAAGCAGCUGCCCAGCAAACCCUGGACAUCCUCUUCCUCCGGGAUGGGAAUGAGUUUCUGAGCAGCACGGACUCGGUGAGCCGGGACUCAGCUGACCGCACCAUCAUUGCGUGGGAUUUCCGCAGCACGGCCAAAAUCUCCAAUCAGAUUUAUCACGAGAGGUUUACCUGCCCGAGUCUCACUCUGCACCCAAAGGAGGCAUUCUUUAUCGCUCAGACGAACGGGAAUUACAUGGCACUGUUUUCUACUCAGAGACCGUACCGCAUCAACAAAAAGAAACGCUACGAAGGCCACAAGGUGGAUGGCUAUGCAGUAGGCUGCGAAUGUUCUCCCGAUGGCACGUUGCUCGUGACGGGAAGCUCCGACGGCACCGUGUUCGUCUACCACUAUCACAGCUCCAAGCUCCUCGGCACGCUGCCCGGCCACCGCCAAGCCUGCGUUGGGGCCACUUUCCACCCGGCUCUCCCCUCGGUCCUUGCCACAUGUGCCUGGGAUGGAGAGAUUCAGCUCUGGCAGUAAGGCUGAAGUGUCACAGGGUUGCCCGGGGCGGGAAUCUUCCUAGGACAGAGCCAUGAAGAUGCAGCGUAACGUGGGGAGGCAGGAGGAGCAUGCUGGCGGGAGGAGGGUGGAGUGGCCGCUUUGGGGUGAUGUGCAGUGAGAGACAAGAGCCCAGGUGCUCCCUCACCCCCCCAAAAGUCCCCCCAACAAACUGCAAUGGUAUAUGCCACCUUAUGUGUUGAAAUGCCCUGUCCGUGCAGCAAGGCAGGGAGCAUUUUCUGGGCCCUCCCUUGCCAGCUGGUCUGGGCAACACCAGGCAUACUGCUGGGCCCUGGGAGGCAUGAGGGUGCUGGGUUAGCUCUCUCCUCUCUUCCCUCCCCCCCUGCAGGGAGGGGGCUCCUGAUGUUUUGGUCCCAGAACACCCCGCAGGGGACCACCCAACUGGGCCCCCUGACUGCACCUCUGUGCCCACUCACCGAGGGUCCGGGGAGCCUGCGGGCCCUUCUCCAGUCCUCCCUCCUGUCCCACCACACCACGUUCCCCACGCCCCCUCCGUGUCCGGGGCCAGGACUGGGCUCACCAAGGAAAGCCAACAACACACGAAAAUAUCUGCAGCAGGAAGGGGGUGAUCAGGGGAGGGGUUUACACAAACUCCAAAACUCUUUGUUCCCCUCUCGGGCCACGGUACCUCUCCCGCCCCCACAACUCCACCCCACUGCAUAGUCCAAACCUGAACUUUGUGGUGCCUAAAUAAAUUUUUU